CCUUCUGUUUCCUACGUAUACCUCUCUUAUUGCUUUCCAGUUUUCAGAGACCGUGCAGCUAGUCGCCUUGAAUUGGAAAGUCACGAUCGCAAGGCCGGUUCUAUUUUUCAAACAUGGAAAAGCACUGCACUAAAUUCAGGACACUCCCGCCAGAGCUCAUAGACGCUAUUAUCGACGAGAACCAAAACGAUAAGGCUGCCCUACGCGCAUGUGCCCUCGUCAGCCGUUCCUGGACAUAUACCUCACAACGCCACAUAUACUCUCAGAUCUGUUUUACUAAUAAUAAACGACACUACUACUACGCGCAAGGACACAGCCAGCGUGAUAUGGAACAAUUUCAUGCGCUUAUAUGUGCCUGUCCUCACGUUGCUACGCCCGUGAGAGGUAUCGAGAUCUCGCCACUUCUCGAUGCGCAGCUCCUCGCGCUCAUCAUGGAAAAACUGAUCAAUCUCGAAAACAUGUCACUUGAUUUCUGUGAAUAUUACUGGGACGACGUUUCAUCAUGCAUUCAGGACACUAUCCUUGCUGCCCUUCGCUCUCCGCGAAUGACCCAUCUCGAGCUCAGAGGAGGAUCGUUUCUUCACUCUGUGGACUUCUUAACCCUUUUGGGUGUCUGCGGUGGUCAUCUCAAGCAUUUAUCCCUCUUCGCCGUGUCGUGGAAAGAUGUGGAAUCACCGUCGAGGACUGCGUUCUCAACGGGACUGAAAUUACAGCUGGAUUCGCUAGCACUCAGAUUGUAUGACCAUUCGUACUUUCUGCUGGUCCAGCUUUUGCAAUCUUCGGUCGAUAUUAGCCGUCUCCGACGACUAUCAGUGUUCGCAGCUGGCUCUGCAGAUCCUACGAAGCGCGUGCUUAUCACGAAGGAAGUACUCAAGCAGCUGAAUGACACUCCUUUGAAACACCUCGUGUUGGAUGUGUAUUUAGGAGGUAAACCCCGGUUGUGUUUAAGCUACAACUGCAUCUGAUGACAUCUGUAGAACCAUUAUCGAACCUGAUGGAUAUUUCUCAACUUCGUUCGAUACAGAUGAAGCUCUGGUGGAUUUACCUGGAACAGCAUCCGAGGCCUGUCGAUUGGUUACGAUGGUUGACCAUCUCAUUC